AAAAGAUCUUCGUGCACAGCGUGCUCAACGCAUCAUAGCAUGGACUUGGACGCCAUCCCCAUCCCACCCUCAUCACCCAUUUAAUAAAGAAGCGCACCACCAGCGCCAUCGCUAGCCCCAUCCGAUAACAAACAAAUUUCCCUCAAUCUAGCCCGGAAACUCCUCGACACUUCUUCUCGUGUUCUUUCUCGUAUUCUUCCUCGCAUUCUGCCCCUUCCUCGCCCGCCGAUCCCUCCGCUCGAGCUUCGUAUCAGUCUCGAACAUAGUAUAACGGAGACGCGAACAUGCGUUAUCGCCUUUAGCUCGCGGGAAAGCGUUGCCUCAUUGUGACCGUUCCCAUCAUGCGUCGCACUGCUGUCGCUCUUCUCGCUGCCCUCACUGUUGCCAGUGCUUUCCGUGCGCUCGAUGCUCUCGAUGCUCUCGCUGCUUGCGGUGCUGCCGGUACGCUCGCUGCACUCACUGCGCGCACUAUACCCGCUGUUCCCGCUGCAGGUCGUGGUAUUCGCUCUCGCUGUUCUGAUGGUAGUCGCUCUCGCUCUCGCCCUCGCUUGCAGCGUGUUCAAUUGCCGCUUCAAUGUACUCGCCCCUACUAUCCUCGCUGCUCUCACUGCUACCGCGAUGCUCGCCCUCGCUUGCAGCGUACUCAAUCGCCAUUUCCACGUCCUCCCUCCGAGCAUUCCGGCUGCUCUCACCGUGCGCGCGUCCGCAAUCUCCAUCCUGACUUUCGCUCCCGCGCUCACUCUUAGGGUCCUCGCUCCUGCUACGGUAA